AUGUACUCUCACACCCUUGCUUUGCUCGUGUGCGGAAUCCUGGCCGUGGCCAUGGCUGCACCUGCACCAGGUGGAUACGGUCAUCACUCCCACCACGUCAUCCACGUGCCCUAUCACGUGCAUACGGUGCAUCACCAUCACGUGAAAAAGAUUCACGUACCGGUUCACCAUGUGGAGAAGGUCCAUGUACCCGUUCCGGUACCGGUGCACCACGUGGAGAAGGUUCCGGUGCCGGUCCCAUAUCCGGUGCACCACGUGGAAAAAGUCCACGUACCUGUGCACGUGCCGGUGCACGAGGAAAAGCAUUGGUGGUAGAGCAAGUCGUGGCCGAUCUAGUUCUCCUUCAUCAGGUCAUUCGGGCGUGCCGGAUAAAUUAACUCGAGGGAUUGCACGAGAUUUAAG